AUUUUUCUCGCAUUCUUCCCCACUCUUCCUCCAUUGUUCAACAUUGUCUUUCAUUUACCGAAGUGUUUUUAAAUUUUUGUCUUGUCUGUCUCUGUUAAUUUUCAGAAAAUGGGAUCCAAAAAAACGACGAAAUUGGGAAAAGAAGAAAGAGAAGGGAAGAAACGAAAAGCUACUAGUGAAGAACGUUUUUUUGAGGUCUUUGAAAUUAUUCUUAACUACAAUGGAGACUUUGAAUGGUUUGGUUAUUUUAAUGAGGAUGUGGCUGUCAGAAAAUUUCAUAUUGAGGAUAUAGGAUUAAAUAGUCUAGAUAAGUGGUUACUUGAAUUGAAGGUUCAGGGAUUGCUAAUGUAUUAUUGGAGGCGGGCUGGCAUGUAUACUGAAGAAUUAAUUCCUAUGGAAAACGAUGACCAUGUCAUGGACAUGGCACUGGCUGGGGCACAAGAUGGUAGUGUUGAUGUGUAUGUUAGGAAGUUAAGCUGUGAUGACGUGUGCAACCUAAGGCCUGUAUUUGGACAAACAUUAUUUGAGUUGAAAGAACUUGAAGAUGGGGAUGAUGCAUUGGAGCUGCAGGCUGUUGCCGAGGCUGAACCAGUGCAGGUGCUGCAGAUUGAAGGUCCCGGUGAACCAGUGGAGGUGCUGCAGAUUGAAAGUCCUGGUGAACCAGUGGAGGUGCUGCAAAGUGAAGUUGUUGAUGAACCUGAAGUUGUUGAUGAACCCCUGGAGAAGCAGCAGUCUGGUGGUUCAGACUGA